UUUCAAGCCAUGCUCCACUGUCGGCCUCUCGGGGUGGAUUUCUCUGGAGAUGUUGCCAGCUGUGAUCGUUCUCGCCUGUCUGCCUGUCCUGGCUCUUCAUUGUGCAGCUGAUUUGUGCAACUGGACUGGAAGCGGUUUUCCAGCUGGCGUUGACCGCAGGGUCGUCCUCCAGGUGCGGCUUCGCUGCACGGAAGGUCUCGUGAGCUGGGUCUACCCGGGUCAGGCUCUCAGAGUGGCGCUCGAGCCCAAUUUGUCGUCCAUCCGGUACAACAGGGUCUGCAUCCAACCGUCUCCGUCCCUCAGCGGAGCCAGCGUUUUCAUUGAGCGGGCCGGAGAGCUGGAGCUGCUGGAGACGGAGGACGGCGGGCGCACCGGGCGGCAGGUGUUUUGUUUUCGGGCGGAUGGGCCGCACAGUCCGGUCAUCUACCUACAGGCAGGUACCGGCCCGCAGAGUCCAGGAACGUGGAUCAGACGCACAGUCGGCUUCAGAUAUGAGUUGCUGCGCAACAGGAGCGUCUACGGUGGCUUGGAGCCUUCAUGCCGACCCUGCAACGACACAGAAUUGCUCAUGGCUGUUUGCAGCAGUGACUUUGUGGUUCGGGGCUACAUCAAGAAUGUCUUCCAUGACUCUAGAAGGCAGUCAUCACUAGUGGAGGUGUUGACAACAAAGGUUUACUGGCAGCGUAGUGGAAUGUUUGAGCAACAAAUGCGUCCACACAUGUCCCCUCAGUCCUGGCAUGGACACAUCCGGACACUCCUGCAGUGCCAUGUAAAGCCUGGUGACGGACAGUUCCUCUUCACAGGCUCAGAGCAUUUUGGGGAAGCUUGGUUAGGGUGCGCCCCGCGCUACAAAGACUUCCUCUCUGUCUACCACAAGGCCAGGAUGGGACGAAGGACUUCCUGCGACUUCCCUCUGGACUGAAGAGGUGUGUGGCUUUUGAAGCCAAAUGGACUCUGUAAUGGCGCUGCGGGAACCUUGUAAAGCUGUCAUGUGCCAACAAGGUGGCAUCAAGGUUCAGCAGCGGGGGCAAAACUGCUGAAGUACUGCUGAGAAACACAUGUGGAGGAGAAGAACAGCAGGGCCUCCUGAAAUGGGGCUCAGAAAGUGGCCGCCUUUGUCUGUCUCCAAUCACCGCCUUUAGUCCUGGGAGACUUACGAGGGGUUGGGUUGCUGCUCUCUUUUGAAGCUCUCCUCGCAUUAGCUGUUGUUCAUUUUGUGGUCUCUGUGCGAACGGUGCUCUAUGAUCUGAGGUGGGAGGGAAGACGAAGGUGGGCUAUUUGUCCUCACAGCUUGGCUUUGUGACUCUAGGCCCGUACACACAUAUGCCUGUAGAAGUUUAUGUUGUAUUGCCUCACAUCUGUCUGUAGUUUCAUUUGUUUCCAAACUGGCAAUAGAAUUAAAAGUUACUGAUAUUCGCACUUUUUGUUUUUAUUUUUAAUUUUCUUUUUCGUUUGUACUGUUUUCCACAUUUUGUCAAAUAACAACUUCAGUGUGUUUUAGUUCAUUUAUUGUGACACAGACCAACAUAAAGCAAUGCACGAUGAUAAAACAGGAGGUUUAGACAUGCAUGUAUAUCCAGUCCAUUCGUCAACUUUGUGGAAAUACUUUUUGCUGCAGUCCUUUUGCUCUUAUGCUUCAAUCAACUUUCCACCUCUGGUGACUGACAUUUAUUUUCCUAUUAUUCUUUCUAAAAUCACUCAAGCUCUGUCAGACAGGAUGGAGAGCAUCUCUAAACAGUGAUUUUAGUCAAAGUUUAAGUCUAAACUUUGACUAGACCAUCAUAACACAUGAACAUUUUUGAUCUAAAUAGCAUCAUCUUAUUUCUCAGCAUGUCAGCACCUCCUCCAGAGUCACCACAGGUCCAGGGUUUCUACUUGGGUUAAUGCUCUACUUAAUUGGUCUGUUGGUCUUGAUAGGAUUUCUUUUCAUUUCAAAGUAAUUUGUGAGAUGUUGAAAGCUUGGGACAUUGUUUUAUAGCCUGACUCUGUUUUAAACAUCUCCCCAAGCUUUAUACCCAACAUGACUGCUGUGUUAUUUGGUCUUUAUGAUGCUUUUAGCUCACCAUUGUACCCCAACAAACCUCUGUAUCCUUCACACAGCAGAGUAGCAUUCACAAUGAAAUUAAAUUGCAUACAGGUGAAGUUCAUUUAGUAAUUUGGUGAUUUCUGCCUUGGAUUUUAGUUUGGGGUACCAGAAUGAAGGUGGUUUACAGGUUUAUUGCUGCAAUGUGAGAAAAUGUGUAAAAUAUAUCAAAAUAUUAAUACUUUUUAAAGUCUUGUAUGUUUAUACAGUGUGUUCUUUUUUUACAUGUUAGAUGAAUAUAGUUUAAUUCUUUCCUGAGGAAAGAAAUAAUAAUUAAAAAGGUACUUUAAUGUGUUCAAUUUGUAACUUUUUACUGCUAUCUUUAAUUAAACCACCUA